AUGGACGACAACGUUUGUCAAGUUUAUGAAGCUGAAAUCCAGGCACUGGAAGAAGAAAUAAAACUACUGACAGAAAAAUAUGAAGAUAUCCAGCAAGAGUCCACCUUUUUUUCUGAGGAGGAGAUACUGAAGUCAAUGAAAUCGUUCCAAAGAAAAACACAGGGAGAAUCCCAGGGACAUCAAUCUCCGUCAGACCUGAAAGCUCAACUUGAAAGUCUAGAAGCAGAUCUGUCAUUUUUGAUGAAACUUACUGGUUUGCAGUUCACAAGUCAUUCCAAGAAAACAGUGGAAAAAACUAGAGACAGAACAGUGCAGAAGCACAGGUUGUCUGGGAAUUGUUACUCCCUGUCUUUUCAACUGGAAUUCCAGCUUCAAGAAAUGCAGAGCAAAGAGAAGGUGUCUUCUGUUGUCACUAAUCUCAACAUUAUAAUGGAAUCUGGAGAGGAUUCUGGUGUGAGCAAGUUUGUGUCAAGCGUUGAAGAACACGGAAAUCUCGUGACAUUUUUCAGAAGCCUUUCAACCUACGCCGAGUGGUACGAGCACCGCAGACGCACCUUCCUGCACUUCAAGGCCAAGUAUCCUGAGGUCGUGACCCUUCCAGAAGGACUGCAGGGAGAUUUUAUAAUCCUGAGGAACCCCAAAGUUUCUGGGUUUGAACUGAUGGUUGUCUGGAAGAUCCAUCUGGACGAAGAAGGGACAACUACACCUGUCCUGGACCUGCUGACCAAAGUCCCAGAGCAAGUGCUGGAGCAGAAGAUGACGAGAGUUGAGAGCGUCCCUGCCCGCUUCCGGAGCAUGGUGCUGCUCCUUGGGAUCGAGGCAACCCUGGAGAACCUGAUCAAAGUGCUUGAAUGAAUGAAUGCCAGCAUGACUUACAGCAGGUAGCAAUUUCAAAAGUAGUUUUAAUUAAGAUAUUGUGUUACACGGUCUAUAAUUUUAUUGAAUAUAAACAUUAAGUUAUUUUCCAUUUAGAAACCAUACUCAUAAAACAUGCUAUCUGUACAAUUAUGGCACGUUAUAUAUAAAUUGUCAUGACAUGAAAAUAAAUACAGCCAUUUAAAUACAAAAAUGCCAAAUAAAAUAGUUACAUGUA